AUGGCGGAUAAAUUACAUGAGUAUCAAGGGGUGACAGGACGUUUGCAUGGAGCUAGAGAUAAGUAUAGAGAGCGUCUAGCAAACUGGCGGGAACAACAUCCUCGAGGUAUAAGAGAUGUAUUGAGAGAAUCUUUGUUCGGAAUACCCAGCUCUGAGGAACAACCGGAGAGAGUUUGGCAGGACAGCGAGUACAGCGACUUGUUUAGGAGAAAAAGUAGGGUUGAACUAAUGAGGAUAUCCGCUGCUGUGAUGGGCAUAGAAUUCUCAUAUGCUGGGGAGACUGCUUUCGUUUCUCCUACCUUGCUGCAGAUAGGAGUGCCGCAUCAGCAAAUGACACUUGUGUGGGCACUCUCACCACUUAUUGGAUUCUUCAUGACCCCGUUACUUGGGUCUUUGAGCGACAGAUGCAAGCUGAAGUACGGAAGGAGAAGACCUUUUAUUGUUUUAAUGUCAUUUGGCGUUUUACUUGGCUUGAUAUUAGUUCCAAAUGGGGAAUCCAUAGGAUACGCGCUAGGUGAUGAGAGACCUGUCAAUAGAACUGAGGUGGCGUCUAUCUUAGGACCGCGCAGUUUCGCCCUUGAAGAAGAACGCCCAAACUAUCAUCCAUGGGGUGUGCUUUUUACAGUACUGGGCACGGUCUUUUUGGAUUUCGACGCAGACGCGUGUCAGAGCCCGGCGCGGGCUUAUCUCCUCGACGUGACAGUUCCAGAGGAUCACGCAAAAGGUUUAAGCACAUUUACAGUGAUGGCUGGACUGGGCGGAUUCUUGGGAUAUGCUCUCGGAGGCAUCAACUGGGAUGAAACAAGGCUUGGAGAAAUUUUUGGUGGCCACGUCAGGGCUGUUUUCUCUUUAAUCACCAUUAUCUUCGUGGCGUGUGUGACGGCAACAGUGACGAGUUUUAAAGAGAUUCCUCUAAACGAAUUGAAUUACCAAGAUGAGUUUAGGAAACUAGCGCAGUCAGAACGAAAUCAGGAGAGCUUCGACGUGGAAGACCAAAACUUUGAUAAAGGGAACUUGAAGAAGAAUGCUACUUAUGGGUCAUUGAACCAACCAGAACUGUCCAUGGAUGCGGCCUCCCUCAAUGCACCAGAAGGCUCUCAUGGAGCACAAAAUUUAUCGUUACGUCAUUACCUGAAGUCUAUAGUAGUGAUGCCCAGCUCUUUGCGCGUGGUGUGUCUAACUAACCUUUUCUGCUGGAUGGCUCACGUGUGCUACUCAUUAUAUUUCACGGAUUUUGUUGGUGAAGCUGUGUUUGGUGGAAAUCCUGCGGCGCCAAUUGGUACAGAGAGCCGCACCGAGUACGAAGCCGGAGUACGAUUCGGUUGUUGGGGUAUGGCGAUGUAUUCCUUGUCCUGUGCUUGCUAUUCCACGAUAAUUGAGAAAUUAAUAAAGCGGUUUGGGGCCAAGAAAGUAUACGUUGGUGGUCUAUGCACAUAUAGUUGUGGCAUGUUCAUGUUGUGUGCGAUACGUGCCCGCGCCGCUGUGUUGCUCUUCAGCUGGACAGCAGGCGUCAUGUACUCCACACUUUUUACCAUGCCGUACUUGCUGGUGGCACAUUAUCAUGCAACAGGAAUGUGGGACAGCGCUGGUGGUGGAUGUGGACAAGAGCGUGGUAUCGGUACUGAUGUUGCGGUGGUCAGCAGCUGUGUGUUUGUGGCUCAACUGCUGGUGUCGGUCAUUAUGGGUCUGGCUGUAAAGGCCAUGGGCACGACUGCAGCAGUCGUAGCGGUGGCCGCAGCUUUAGCUGCUGCGGCAGCAUUCACUGCUACUAAGAUAACCUAUCUGGAUUUAUAAAUAGGUAUUAAGAACGAAUACACAUCAGUAUUAUAUGAGAUUAACACUCAUUAUACUUGUUUGGAUUUUAGUGGAAUUUGAAUAUAGU